AGACAGAGCGAUCCUCUCGAGCGUGACUGUCAAAUCUACAUAUUCUCUCUCUCUCUCUCUCUCUGUUCUUCUUCUUCUCAGUUUCUUUCUAUCUCUGCAAAAACUCUCUUUCCUUCUCUCUCACCUGUAAAUUCUCAUAAUUCAGAGAGAGACCUUGUUUCGGAGAUUCAGUUUAUAAAGAAUCAGCGAUCUUUUCCACUCUUCCUCGGGAAUCCCUCGUCUUCAAUCUGUGUCUUCUCUUCCAGAAUGGAAUGUUCCAGAUUUUCAAGAUCCCUCUGUGAAAAGUGGAACCCAUGGAGGUCAUGAUUUCCACUACAGACUCUUGUCUCAUAUGCACUAAAACGCCUCAAACAAAUCCAAGGCUCCUCAUGUUUUUGUCUGGAGGUUUUGGACUGGUUCUGAUUAGUUAGAACUCUUGACUCCCCCAGAAAGAGAAGAGUGAUAGGUAAAAUGGAGGGUGACACAUUUUCAGGACUUGGUAAUGGCACCCAGAUAGAUGGCAAGAUCUUGCAGACAUUUCAGAAGAACUUUGUUCAGGUUCAAAACAUCUUGGAUCAAAAUAGGCUGCUCAUCAAUGAGAUAAACCAGAACCAUGAAUCCAAGAUCCCUGACAACCUAGGCAGAAAUGUAGGUCUGAUUAGGGAGCUUAACAAUAAUAUCAGGAGAGUGGUUGACCUUUAUGCUGAUCUUUCCAGCUCCUUCACCAAAUCCAUGGAAGUUUCCUCUGAGGGGGAUUCAAGUGGGGCUUUGAAAUCUGAUGCCAAAGCUGGUCACAAGAGAAAUAGGCCUACAUAGAGAGAAACUCGUGUUUUCUUUUCUUCAUUCUUUGCAAGGUGGGGAAAGAAGAAUUUCACAUUUGCCUCUAGGUAGUAGAACAUGAUUAUUAGAUUCUGCAACUUUUUUUUUAUCAGUGACCUCUCUCUAGUUCUCUUCAAUUCUACUUCUUCUUUUCCUUAAAUUUCUUCUUAGAGAAAUAAUUGGCCAACAUUUCUGUCCAAUUGUAACAGUGUAGCCUUUGAUCUAAUUGAAAUCAAGAAUGUUUGUGCUA